CGCGAAGAGGCGGAAAUACUGGAUUUAAAAACAGCAGCGCUGUUGCUCGGAGCGACAAAGCAGCUCUGACUCUGGAAACAUCUUCACUUGAUUGUUUGGAAGAAUGGGAUCUCCAACAAAGCAUGCAACCCCCCGCAGAGUCAACAUUCGUUCCCCCGGUAAAGAGAUGGACUCCCCACUUCCUCCCAUCCAGGAGCGUCUUGCAUACCUGCGUCCUUCCAGGGAGCUGCUGGAGUUUUACAGACAGAAGAUCGCCCAGUAUGACGGUGAACAUGAAGAGCUGUUGCGAAUGCUGGAGAAGUAUAAAAGCAUCACAGAGGACCAGCACAAACUACAGUAUGACAUUCGUCAGCGUGAAGGAGAGAUUGCAGAGCUUCAAAAUGCACUGAGUGACAUGCAGGUCUACCUUUUCCAGGAGAGAGAGCAGUCUCUGCGACUUUACGCAGAAAAUGACAGACUAAAGAUCAGGGAGUUGGAGGACAGGAAAAAGAUCCAACAUCUUCUUGCUCUUGUUGGUCCUGAUGCUGGAGAGAUUACAUAUUUCCACCAAGAGCCUCCUCACAAGGUCACAAUUACACAGAGGCACCCUGAGUCCGGGUUUGAUGAAAAUCUCAGUCUGAGGCCAACAAAGUUAAGACCAGCUUUGACUAAAGAGACUUCCAGGAAAACAAAAUCGGGUGCUUUCAAUGGUGAGAGCUUAGAACAGUGUAAGAGCGACAACCAGACAUUGUUGUUGCAGGUGGAGGCACUGCAGGCUCAGAUGGAGGAGCAGACGCGUCUGGCCAAAGAGCAGGUAGAAGCUCUCCUUGAGGAUCGGAGGAUCAAAACGGAGGAGGCCCAGGCACAACGACAAAGGGACCAGGAACGCAUUGCUGCACUGACUGAAAAACUCCAGCGGACUCAGAACCUGUUGCAUGAAAGCACAAGAGACUUCUUACAGCUAAAAUUUGACAGUCGGGCUCAAGAGAAAGGCUGGAUGGUAGAAAAAGAUCGGCUGCUGAGGGAGCUGGACUCCUGCCACAACCGACUGAGAAAGACCGGGUCCAGUGGGGCUGAACUGGGAAGAUCAUGGCAACCCAGCAGCAGCAAAUCCGCUCCUCUUCUUCCUCGACCCCAGCCAGAGCUGGUGCAGCCACAUAAGGAAGAGAUUAAAGCUCUGCAGGAUGAUCUGAAGCAAGCUCAUAGGUUGGCAGAGAUGUACAGAGAGCAGUGUGUCACUAUGGAGACCGAACUAUCCCAGAUCAGAGAGGAAGGAGACGUCGGCAGAGAAAUAUUUAAGGAACGUUCAGAGAAAAUGGCCAAGCGUCUCCAGCUAAUGACUCAGCGCUACGAGGCUUUGGAGAAGAGGAGGGCCAUGGAGGUGGAAGGCUUCAAGGCCGAUCUGAAACAUCUCCGACAGAAGCUCAAAGAUGUAGAGAAACAGCUCCUCAAGGUCACGUUAAAUAUCGGGCCCAACCAGGACCUGGCCAUUUUACAUGAAGUACGGCAAACCAAUUCAAGGACAAAAAAAGUUCAGAAUGAGCUGGUGGCUCUGAAAGCCAAAAUUUACGGACUUGAGAAUGAGCUGAGAUUUAGCUAAAGAAUGUGCUCUGUUUCUCUGAAUGUUGUCACUGAUUUUGUUUUUCUAUAUUGUGCCUUUUACACUUUGACUAAAUGUUAUUGACAAUUUUGUUUUUUGAAACAAUAAAACUCUUUCAGGUUUU